AUGAUUCAGAAACAGUCUACGCUGCAGAGACUGAUCCAUAAUAAUAAUCCCCAGCUGGAGAGCAAACAACAUCUGGGCGUGGAGAGAAGGGAGAGGGACAAGUCUCAGCAGGGUUGGCAGCAGAUGGUGACACUGCAGCAGCACUUCUCCAGCAUGGAGGAGACGGUGCGGACACUUCUUCAGAACCAGGACUCACUGGAGGGCCCCAAGGUUGACCCACUGGACCUUAUGAAAGCAUACAAGGACAAACUCCUGGAGGAAAUGUGGAAGCAGCAGGACAGUUUAGAGGGUUCUACAGCCACAGCAGCAGAAAUGGCCACCUCGCCUGAGGCCAGCGGUGGAUCUGAAGAAAAUUCAAAGGACAGCAAUCCCCUGCUAGAGCGACUCAGAGCCCUUGAGGCUGAGAACUCGGCUCUGUCGAUUGAAAAUGACAAUCAGAGGAAGCAGUAUGAACGCUGUCUGGAUGAGGUGGGUCUCAGUGUCCUCUCUAUACCUUCCAGUCUCUGUUUCUUUGUGAUUCUCUCCUUCUCAUUUCUUCUGGUCAUGAAAACCGUCUAUAUCACCAAUAGGAUCAAUUAA